GAUCUCAACCAAGUAGUCGGCAAAAUGUUGGCGAUGCUUUUUGGGGGUUUUCUAGUGUCCGUUUUUACUCCAUCUGGGUCUAUUCGAGUGCUAACAGAUGUAACAAAUGGAUUGUCGGGUAAUUUAGACCUAGAUCCCGCACCAUUUAUAAAACUAGCCACGGGUUACUAUUACUUUGAGUUCAACAAGAAAGCCAACUGGUUUGAAGCCUACGAAGCUUGCCGAAGAAUAAAUGGUCAUUUGGUGUCCUUCGACACACGGGAAGAGUUGGAGGCAGUCAUUAGGUAUAUCAGGGGAUCCACUUACAUCGAUCGCUUUUGGACUUCCGGCACCGAUUACGCCCACCACGGUCACUACGUAUGGUUCGCCACUGGAAAGCCAAUCGAUCUCGACAUCUGGUGGCCAAAUGAGCCCAAUCAUUUCAAUGAUGCGGAGCACUGUGCCGAGCUGAGUAUUAAUCCCCAGACUAACCAGUUGAAGGGAAUAGCGGACGUAGUGUGUGUACUUUCCCGAGCAUAUAUCUGUGAAGCCGAGGAAGCAACGACUGCUUCCGUGGCGGUUUGGUAGCAUUAUUUAUAAGAGUUUUGGAAAUUCUAACCUUUUUUUAAAUGUUUAAUGGUCAGGUUUCUCAUUUAAUAAAUAGAAACAAAAAAAUAA